AUGUCCACUACUCUGACUGAGUCUUGCAGACUCGCCUGUCGUAAGCUUGCUCGCACUGCAUUGCUCAUGUCAUCCGAAAUAAAAGGCAGAAAGGGAUCUUUGUUGCUUGUUCUAGCCUGUGGCACCGCCGCUCAAUUGCAUGGCUCCGAUUUGAAUGAGAGACCUUUGCUGGGUACCCAUUGGACUGAGCAAUGCGGUGCUCAUCGCAGACAGUGUCAUGACAACACCCCUUUCAACAUAGCUGUCACUAUCUUGGCACGCGAAUCAGACGUUCUAGCACGAAAAACAUUGGAAGCGUUUUAUAUCACGGCCAAAAGUCCUAUCAUGAAUCGUAAAGAAGAAUGCAUCGCUGUGACCAACGAGCUGGCGCCAUAUCAGGACCUUUGCGGCGGCGCAACUCUCACAACUGGUGGUCCGCUAACAUCACGAUUUCGUGGCUAUCAAGGCUCUGAAGAAGGCGACGACGCCGAAACGUUAGCCAGAAUAAAGAUCAAUAACAAUCUUGGUUCAGCUUAA